AUGCUCAGUUCCCGCCUUGACAGCUUCUCCGCUCUGGGGCUGACGUUUCGUCUGGCCAUGUUCCGAUUCCCCACCAUCUUGAGUCUGGACGUGGAGCAGGCUUUGCCCAAAACUGCAAUUCGAGCGCGAAGAAGCCGAAGCAUGGCCAUGUUCGCCGUCUCACAUCGAUACGCUGCAUCAAGCCGGUUCAUGGAAUGUGUACUGCUAGACUGCGCGCCCGAUCAGCAACAAUCUCCACUCGGGUGCAGGGAACCAGCGAGCAGUUCAGCGGCCAACUCGCGAAUCACCGUUCGUAGUCACGAGUCGGCCAGGAUGCUGUCUGACUGGCUUCAAGAGUAUGUACACCUUGAUAAUCUGCUAUUCAAGUCUACUGUGGUGAUACUGGACACAGCAGUGGGUACAGCGGGUCCCACGGUUAUGGUAUCUUUAGUAGACCGCAUCGACAGGCAACAUGCUUUUUUGGCCUUUCGCGGUCCAUCACGUAGGACUAUGCAGGAACACUGGGUAAACGACACUGUACACGGGAGCAUAUCGUCCUGUAUCCCUAUCCCUUUGCUGUCUCUGUCUUUGUAUCCUGUACCUUGCUGCAUGAAGAGCAUGUUGCCCACCUUGCCGUCGCCCGCUUUUGCCCGCUCCCUACCACGAAUGAGGCAUGAGGCCUGUGUCGACUCCGUGUUAUGUUUCGACAUGCCGCUCUCAGCCCUCAGCGGCGCCAUCUCGCUAAUCCCAAAGCCGGCUUGGGUAGGCCUGUUACCCUGCCAAUUCAUGUAUUUUGACGUCGCACUGAGCGCCAUGACUGACGCAUUUCUCGUGACACAGCUUUGUGCAACUGCCACUGUCGUUGGUGCAUCCGCCGUCGGUCUGUCUUUUGGACGGGAGGCCCCCUUCAACUCGGCGCACUCGAGCAAAAGAAAAACCACUCCAGCACAACGAGAGUUGGCACCCGCUCCAAUGCCUACUGCCGUACAAACACAGACCGCGGCGGCGACGACGACGACGACGACGACUACCACGGCCACCUCGACAUCUUCCCACUAUGCCCCUAUACCACUGGCACCUGCCGCGCGCCUGCCUCUUUCCUCCCAGUCGAGCCAGGACGGCCGCUCGCAACGGCGCAUCAUUGUGAGGAGGAAAACGAGCGACGAUGCAGCAUUGUCACUCCCCCCUCCUCGGCCCAGCAGCGCCCUGUACAGCUACCCUCCCAGCGACCAGGGCACGGCUGAAUCAGAAACAACGGCACGCCUUGCGAUACGCAGACCCUCGUGGAUGAGGCGCCUCUCGACGAGGUCCAAGUCGCAGCAACAAGCGGACAGGAAGCCCAGCCCAACACCCCUCUCCCCCGCGCCUUCGUACUCCAAUGGCUCCAUGGCCUUCUCCAACGACGGCUCUACCGCGCCCAUGGUGGGCAAGCAAUGUACGUCACCACUGCCGCCCAACAAGCUCGUUAAACGCUCCUCUUCGGUACGCGUGCCUCGCGAAACCCCCUUUCAGCCCUCUGUGUCACUUCGUCCCUCGUUUCGUCGCCCUGCUACGAGCCACCAGCGCUCGGCCACGCUGCAGCACCCACCACCUACACGGCUGGAGAGGACGGCGGAAGACAGGUCCAUGGAUGUGCCAUUGCACUCUGCGAGCACGGACAGUGAGGUCGAAUACACGCAGUACUUCACCGCCAAGGUGGCCAAGGGACGACGGACGCUGGCCGCGCGACGAGGCUCUACGGCAAACGCCAAUGGGUUCAGAAGGGUGUUUCCAGACGAGAAGCACAUGCCUACGCUAGUGCUGGCGAGGUCGGUGUCGCCAAGUACAGACGACAGGGACGAUGCGACGAGCGACGACAAUGACAACAACAACGACAACGACUAUGACAACGAUAACAACAGUGAAAGCGUUUAUUUCAUGAGCAGGCCAGGCACCCCGUUGAGUAUCACGGCUUUGUUUGCUACCAAGUCUGAUCGAUCCUCAACGCGGCCGCGGGCGUCGACGACGACCACAGAGACAGCCAACGAUGCAGUGCGACCCCGCCGCUCCUUCUCCAUCACCAACAUGCUCUCUUCAGCACCUGGUGGCGCCCAGAGGCAGCGACCAGCCAAGACGCCAGCUCCGCCAGCACCGCCAGCACUGCCAGCACUACCAUCCUCAUCCUCAUCCUCGUCACGAUCACGGCUCACCCGCGGCUUCAGCCAACGGGCCAGCUCUGCACCCCUUCUCCCCACCAUGCGACGACGGCCCGUAAGCGCCUCGUUUGGAGAGCCUCGACGUCGGGACUUUACUGACCCGGGCCAGCCCACGCGCAACAUGGCUAUGACAACGGCAGCGCGCAUGGCCGCCACAUCAACAUCAGGAGGCCAUUUCAGCGAGGGCAGAGAGCCGUUGCCGUUACCGCUACCGUUGCCUGCAGCACCGCUCAGCCCAACAUGCGACAGUAGUAAUAGUCGUGGUAGUGGCAGUGGUGGCGGUGUUGUUGUUCCUCAGGCUCAGCUCGAGGUGAUUGCGCCAGCCGAACUGCCCGCCAAUCAGAUGCCGCCCUCGCCCACCUUGGCCCACCCAGGCGCUCGUCCGUCGCGUCUCUCUACGGCGCCCUCUGAGCAAGCGUCGACAUUGGUGGGCUCGUCAGAUAACGAGAUUCGCGGCGUAGGUUCGGGCGACGAGGACGACGCAGACUUCCACAGCGAGACCCUCUACGACUCGCUGCGAACGGGCGCAACCAGGAGUAUCUCGGGCGGCGCCCGUGGGCCUCGCAUUGAAACCAUAUUUGACGAGUCACCCCCGUCCAAGGUCAGGGUCACUGCCCUACACGACCUCCUCCCGCCAGGCUCCUUUGGCGAGCAUACUAUCCAUGGUCCGUCCGGCCACCAGAGCAUCGCUGAAGAGGAAGAGAGCCUCUCGACGCCGGUGCGCAGCGUGCGGCCAGAGCGCUCCUUGCAAGAAUCCCCCAGUUGCCUCCGGCUGCCUAACACCCCUUUAUUUCCCAGUGCAAUAGCAUCCUCUCCCCCAAGCAUGCCCAAGCCACUGUCCUUGGGCACGCUGGAAUGGGACGCGAGAGCGGGAGAUGACGAUGGUGAUGACAGCAGUAGGUGGUCACUGGAAGAAGACGACACUGAGUUCUCAUGGGUUGAUCUGCCACCAGUCAGCCACACAGCCACGGGUGUUUCGCUAUACCGUCAGAACCCACGCUUGCUUCCAUUGGGUCCGAGCUCAAAGCCAACAACGCCACAACAUUUCACGGCAGAUUGCCCCGAUCGAGAUGCCCGCAGCAACAUAUUCGAUUGGUCUGAACAGCAAAUCGCAGACAAGAACUUGGGCAAUCAUUCACCGCCACGGCCGCGGACCGUCCACGGGAAGAAGGAUGCAGACCACAGGGGCAGUCGAUCGGUUGGGCGCCGUGUGCCAAGCGGGUUGCACGCACGCAGCCAAAGUGUGCCAGUCGUUCCAGAUGCGGCAGGCAAGCGUAACACCGUGGUCACCAACAAGUUUGGCACCUGGGGUGUUGGAAGCAAAGGUGUGACUGAGGACUGGAACGACGACUUUGACUUUUCCGAACUAGCAGAGGAGCCGGCAACAGAAGGGGCGAAUAGCACUCCAAAAGUUGACAGUGCUACUGUCAUGGUCGUACCAAAAAGUAUCCAGGAGCAGCAGAACAACGUUCUCGCCAACAUUGGCCUGCUGCGAGAGUGGGGUCUCCUCAUCGAGGAACUCAAAGAACACCGGAUGCGUGCUGUUGCGCUUGAUCUCGUCAAUGGCCCCCAUUCCAGCAUGUGGGAAGAGGUCGAUGCAAUGAUCGACCUCGCAGACCAGGAAGCAGAGCACGAACAUGUGGCUCGCAUGUCACCUCCAUCCUCUCCAGGUUUCGACGACGAUGAUUUUGAUGAUGCGCCCAAUGCCAGUCCCAGCAACGGCCGUGGACGGCGCAAGUCUGGGUCCCCGAAUGACGAUCUUACCAAGACUCCAACUCAGUCUGCACACCCGCGACGAUCGAUUCUUCCCUCGCAGUAUGGCGUUUUCAGCCCUCAGUCGUCUCCCGUUCCUCCUAGAUCCGGAUACGAAACGCCCCCGCAGAGCGAGCAAAAGACCAUUAUCACGCGACCCCGAAAAGACUCGGAAGCGAAAGCACGUUCUGUAAUUGAAGCGUUGCAGAACAAACGGAAAAGUAUCCUUGAUAUCGUUCCCAACGCGCCGCCUACACCUUCCUCGAAGAAGGUCCCCUUUGACACGGCAACUUUACGGCGUAUUGUCCCAUACGUCAACACGUUGACUCGCAAAGUGAAAGAGACAAUAAGAGAAGCAGAAGGGCUCUACUCGAGCCCACAUGCAAGUCCAAUGAAUGAGGAGCCACCAUUCAGCAGGAUGUUCCAGCAAGAUGCGGACCUUGCGGCUCAGAUGAAGCUCAUGACGGUGAUGUAG